UCGUGAGUUUUCACAUAAUCUCAAAUUUGAACUUGAAGAUUGCUUUGAAGACUUUUCCGUUGAGAUGCCUCGAGGAAAGUCCCACCGCCGUUCGGAAGCUGCAAAAAAGAGAGUAGAGGCAGUCCGGCUUGGACGUGUUGGGAUACCCAAGGCCUCCAGCGAUUUUGUUCCAGUGCGUGGCACGGGUUUGCGCCACAAAGUUAAAACAUGGCCAACUAGUGAUGUGACUAACCACUGUCACAAGUUGGUCAUUCCUGAGGGAACGUCCGAUAAGAAAUUUGUUCUUGUGAUCGGUGCGUCCCAUUUGCGUUCAUUUGUGGACGGCGUUGUUGUGAUGGCAAGUGGUGACAUCCAGUUUGGGUUCAUGUCCACUCCUGGUGCUUCUGCAGCUGACUUGCGUCUCGAGGUGUUGAACGCUGUCAUACCUCGGGAGCCUGAUGCUGUCUGCAUCAUGGCUCCAUCAAACAACCUUACGGCCAGUCGUCACCCAGAAGAAGCCGGACAGGAAUUUGAGCGGUACCUGUUGGCUGUGCGUAGUCGUUGGUCUAAGGUAUUUUGUACCGGCUUUGUUCCCCGCUUGACUGAGUCCAGAGAAAAGCAGACCGUGUUUCAGCAAGAAUUCCAUCGCCGGUCGGCAAAGCUAGGGAUUCCAUAUUAUGAAGUUGCUGACUACUUUCCUCUGGACGAUCUUGAUCUGUGGUGUCCUGAUGGCAUCCACCUUAGUGACAACCACGGGAUGCACAUCCUUAAUCAUCUGAUUUGGAUGUUUGCCUAUGAGUUCAUGGAGUUGUCAGCACCAAAGCCACUGGUCCAGAGUCAGGCAACUCCUCCUUACAAAUCGAGGUUUGUGCCCCGUGUGUUGGUUAAGGGAGAGGAGCGUUCUCGUCCUUCUUCUCCACUCCCUACGGAAUGGACGCUCGUGAGAUCCGGCAGGAAGAGGAACCUCUCGGGAGAAUCACCCAAGAAAAGAGUGGUUCAUCACCAGAGGGAACACUCUCCUGUGGCUUUUUCGGAGUGUGUCAUUCCAUCCAAUCCUGUUUGUUUCUCACCUGCUAUUUUGGUUGCCAUGGAAACAGUCUCUCCAUCGGCCACUCAAGAUGUUUGCACAGGCACUGAGACAAAGCCUGUGGAACAUCCAAUAAAACCAUCUGUCUCAAAGUCUAGGCGUGUGAGACAGAAGGUUUCAGCUGCAUCUUGUGCAACUCCUGCCAGAGGUGCGGAAUUAUUGUUGGCUGAAAACACUGUUGGGCCUAAGCGAUCCAGGAUUUUUGUGUCUGAUGCGCGUCCUGCCUGUCCUCGUGUGGCGUCGGAUUGUUCUGCUGUGGGUCCUGCCUGUGCUUUGGAGAGUCCGGCUGGUCAGGGGGUCUGUAUAGUAAUGUGUCCUGCAGUGUGUAUUAAUAAAAAAUGUCUGAGUGUUCUUUUCAGUGUUCUAGAAUUUUCAUAACAUAAUUCAGAAUUUCUGUUAAAAAUUAUUGUCAUUGGCUGAUGUAAUAAAUCUGUUGUGCAUAAAAGGGGAUUAAUUUGCAGUCAGGAGAGAUUGAAUCUUUAAAUGUAGAAAUUUUUCAAGGCCUCCCCUCUGAAGCUGCUACACCUGUGACCCGACCCCAGAUAAGUGGAAGAAGAUGGAUGGAUGUAUUUUUUUAGGGACAUAUUGUAAUAAAAGUAACAGUUUAAAUUAACAAUUAAGGCUCAAGCCAUUAAUUGAUUGCUCACAAUGAAUUAUUUUUCUGAAUUAUUUGAAUUAGUAAUUAAUCGUUAACUGGACUAUUAUUGGUCAAAAAAGGCCAUUUGCUAUAAAGUCAAAAGUUUUAUAGGAGUGAUUUACGAUAAAUACUAUAAAA